UCGUCGUUCGGUGACAUUCGUUAAUUUUUUUCUUCGUCUCAGUAAACACAAAAAAAUGCCAGGGACACCGCCAACUUUCAUCAAUUAUUUUUCUGAAAAUCAACAAAAUCCUCCGGGAAUCGGCUUUAAUCCGAAUUUAUUUCCGCCAAAUACGCCUCAAGAAGUUUUAAAUCCUCCGAUUUUUCCUCAAACUGGAGGAACUCCGAAUCAAACAGGAAUUUAUCCGACAAUUUCGGGGAUGCCAAUGCCAACAAUGCUCGGAAAUGAUUCUUCUUCGGCUUUUAUUAGUCAAGAAAUUAACUCACAAGAAGUUUUAGAAGAAAAUUCGAGCAGUUCAGAGCCAAAUAUUUCAGCUGUUCCUUCAUUUAAAGGGCUUGUUGGAGUACAAGGCUUCGGCGGUUGUUGGCAACAUUGCACUCCCGAAGGUCCCUUCCCGCAAAAUCUCGUGCGAGCUGGCGUCGAUUCUGACGGAAGUAAAAUCUUCGCGGGACGUGCUUUUCACGAAGGUGACUUAAUCCCUGCGAAAAUCAUUCCCGAGAAGAAUUUAGCUGUCAUUUCGUAUGGCGGAGAGGAAAUUGUUAAGGAAGAUUUUGAAGUUUUACGACAGGGAGAAUUUGUUUGGGAAUUUUGUACGAAUGGCGCUGUGCCUGAUGGAGCUGUUGAAAUUGGGCAGACAGUUGAUGGCGAGAAAUUGUAUAUGGGAAGAGCAUUUUAUCAAGGAAGUCAAACGCCGGGAAAAGUUCAAGCGUCGCACGGAUGUCUUUAUAUCCCGUUCAAUGGAGAGGAGGUUCCGUUAAAUGAAUAUGAAGUUUUGUGUAUUAAAUGAUUUUUCUCACUUUUUUCAUUUAAAAUUGUUAAAAAUAAUUAUUUUAAAAAAAAUUUACUCACCUGAAAAUUAUUUGUUGAUUUUUUCACAAUUUUUUCGUAAUUUUUUUUAAAUUAAAAAAAAACUUUUAUAAAGAAAAAUUCUCAAAUUAUUUGAACAUUAAUUCUUAAAUUUUUAAAAAAU